UGACGAUUGACAGCUUCUGCUCUGUUCUUCCUGUUACGUUACUCUCUCCAGAACUGAAACCAAUCCAAAUUAGCUCACAUAUCAACUCCCUCAAACCAAUUAUCCACCAAACAACAGUUAAAAUGCUGCGAACCACUAUCGCCCGUCAGGCUCGCCUCUUCAGCACCACACCUCUCCGCGCCAAAGUCGUCCCCGACUCCGUCAGGGAGCCUGUGAAAAAGGCCGACCGUGCCGUUAGCGACACCAUCGUCGCCGGUAUCGAAAAGGGCGAAGAAGCAGCCGCAAAGGCGAAAUCAGCAGCUGGAAUGAGCGAAGGCGAAGUCAAGGGCAAGGCGUCGGAAAUUGCUGGACAGGCCAAGGGUAAGGCGAAUGAGAUCGCGGGUGAGGCUAAGGGGAAGAAGGAUGAGCUGAAGGGUCAGGCGAAAAAAGCAAUGGAUUAGAUCGAAAGGAUGGUCCAAGAGCGUGAGAUGACAAGGGGUGUAUGAAUAAGACUACCAGUAAGCACGGCGUACGUUGGGAAUGUCGAUAAAUCCUCAAUUAAUCGCGUAACGCUAC